AAAUUGGAUCUCAAGCUUGGGCUAAAGCCAGCUGGGAGCUUUCGACUCACUUAGGUGGCACUUACAGUGACACUUUGCCUUUUGCCUUGCAACAUAUACCCAGGACUUGAUUCCCUCCCGCAUCAACCCAUCUGAUGUUUUGAUUGAGCGCAGUCCUCGAUUUACAACAUCAGCUAUUAUUCUCUGCAAUGGUCAUAUCGAAUUCUGGUCACGAUGACAUGAUUCACGAUGCCGUCCUCGACUACUACGGACGUCGCCUUGCGACAUGCUCAAGCGACCGAACCAUCAAGAUAUUCGAAAUCGACGGGGACUCCCAACGGCUUGUUGAAACCCUGAAAGGACAUGAUGGCGCAGUUUGGUGCGUUUCCUGGGCGCACCCCAAGUAUGGAAACAUUCUGGCCUCAGCAGGCUACGACGGCAAGGUCUUCAUCUGGAGGGAACAGAACAAUCAGUGGCAGAAGAUUUUCGAUUUCGCUCUGCACAAAGCUUCCGUCAAUAUCGUCUCUUGGUCACCACACGAGUCUGGGUGCCUCCUGGCGUGUGCUUCUUCGGACGGCAACGUGAGCAUACUCGAGUUCCGCGACAACAGCUUCGACCAUGUGACAUUCCCAGCCCAUGGACUGGGCGUGAACUCUGUCUCCUGGGCCCCGGCCACGGCACCUGGAAGCAUCGUCAGCAGUUCUCCUGGUCCUGGUUCGGCAGGUGUGAGGCGAUUUGUCACAGGCGGCUGUGAUAACUUGCUCAAAGUCUGGGUUUUCGACUCGGCAUCGCAGUCGUACAAGCAGGAACAGGAGCCCCUUGCUGGCCACACAGACUGGGUUCGUGAUGUCGCAUGGUCGCCGACGGUACUGCAGAAGUCAUACAUUGCGUCAGCUUCCCAAGAUAAGACGGUCCGGAUUUGGACCUCGGAUUCGUCGAGCGCUGGACAAUGGAAUUGCAAGGUUCUCAACUUUGAUGCAGCUGUGUGGAGAGUCAGCUGGUCUUUGAGCGGCAAUGUACUCGCGGUCAGCGGAGGCGACAACAAGGUUUCGUUGUGGAAGGAGAACCUCAGAGGCGAAUGGGAGUGCGUCAAGAGUAUCGAGGAGUGAUACAGAUAUCCAUGUAGCGUCAUAGGCAAGGCGUUCGCGGCAAAAUAGGGCAUAGAUGGGUUAUCGUGCAUUUGAGUCGUGGAUUUAAUGUCGUUAUGGACUUGAUGCAAGCGUUGCGGAUGACAUGAAACAAGGCUG